UCGGACGGAACUACUAUGAGGCGAGAGUGUAUUGGUCUUGUCCGGCUGCGUUCGUGAAAUCAAAAUAUCACAAUUAAUUCCACCUCGCAGACCACUCGAAAAUAUAAUAAAACGUAGAUCAGUGAGAUUGAAUGCUCAACGACAUAAAUAUUCUAGGACGUACUUUCUUUAAUUAUCGCUGUGUGUGAUUUUUGUUGUUGACGGUGAGCUUUUGCGCGCGCAACAGUCACUACAAACUCGAGACAGUAUCCAGCUUAAGUUAGAUAAGACCUCAUUAUGGAAACCUUAGAAUUAACAUCGGACGAUGAUUCGUUCGAAGCUCCAGAAUUUCACAGUAAAAUUCCAGUGCCCAACACGGCCAAAUCAAUAAAAUUAACUACUUCACGACAAUUCCAACAAGUUUUGAUAUCAUCAGACUCGUCUGAUGACGAAAAAGAGGGGCAAACCAAUGCUAGUUCUCUCAGCAAAGAUAAUAUCCCAAAAAUGGUCUCCACAUAUCCUCCGAAAAUCAUUGGACUCGGCCUCGAAGAUACUGCUUCGAUUGAUUUUCCUCUUCAUGCUCCAGCUGUUGGGGUGCAUGCACAUCCUCAGCCCUCCUCCCACGAAAAUUCCAGACCUGGACCGAAAAGAUUUUUUCGUUGGGGAACGAGCGAGGAUAAUGAUCCAGGAAAUUCAACAAUCAAAAAAAGAACCCCACCAAGUCCAAAUCGAAAUUACACUAAAAAACGAAAUCUUGAAUAUGAAUCCUUUGAAGAUACCAUGAUCAUACAAGGAAAUCGUGAUAGCUGCAGUAAAAUUGAUCCCAAUGGUGAAUGCUGUGUCGAAGAUGUUGGGAUACCUAGUCCUAUCAUCACUCCUCACCAUAGGUUGGAGAUUGCUGGAGUGAAGGUUGACUUUCCGUUGAAACCGUACCCUGCCCAGAAAGCAGUUAUGAAUGCUCUGAUAAAAGGCUGUAGAAACGGAGAACACGCCUUGGUGGAGAGCCCAACUGGAAGUGGCAAGACUCUUGCUUUACUCUGUGGAGCUUUGGCUUGGCAACAGCAGUACGCCGCAAAUUACCGCAUCCAAAUGGACGCCUAUAUACAAACGGCAUUUCAACCUUCAUUUCUAGAAAAUGACAGCGCGAGCCACAAAGGCCAGGAACAUGGUUUAUAUGAUAAAAGUCGCACCGAUGCAAAAAGGGAACCUCCAAAACCUGUUCCCAAAAUUUUUUAUGGCUCAAGAACACAUCGACAAAUAUCUCAGGUCACAAAUGAGUUACGAAGGACAGCAUAUCGAGACACAAAGAUGACGAUCCUCAGCAGCAGAGAUUUCACAUGUAUUCAAACGAGUGAUAGAAACAAGACAGAGAUGUGUAACGAGCUUUUGGAUCCUUUAAAGAAAACUCGGUGUGCUUAUUACAACGAGUCAAACAAACACGAGAUAUCGCAUUAUGAUUCUCUCGCAGCAAUGAACUUUUCAAUACCCUUUGACAUCGAAGACAUCGUAAAGUUGGGUAAUGAGCGUGGAUGCUGUCCGUACUUUGCGGCGAGGAACCUCAUGGUGGAAGCAGACCUCAUUCUCUGCCCAUACAAUUAUGUGAUCGAUCCUUCGAUCCGCAAAGUUAUGCAAAUAAAUGUCAAGGACAAUAUUGUAAUCUUGGACGAGGCUCACAACAUCGAGGACAUUUGCAGAGACUCCGGUAGUUCUUCUUACACCGCGGCCGAGAUGCAGGCAGUGAUGGAGGACUGUCAAGAGUGCCACAAACACUUCACCAAGUUUAUGGGGGACGAGCCUCCGUUUGUAGAAGUAUGCUACUACGUCUGCUCACAGUUGAAGGCACUCAUCGAAACCAUGCCCAACCUGAGGAAACGUGAACAAAAUUCUAAUGGCCCUCUUUACAGCACAGUGUGGACUGGUGCUGAUUUUCAAGAAAUUCUCAACUCAUUCGGCAUCUCCGAAAAUAUGACACUACGAUUUUUGACAGCAGUCACCCAAGCGGUGGACCACCAAAUUCAAGUACGUGAAGAAGUAGCUGCAGGGGCUAGAUUUGGUGUUACCCUUUCCAUGUCCUCAGUUAAAAUCCUCGAGAGGUGUCAAUUCACUAUAGAAAUGCUUCGAUCGAAAGAUUACUGCAACGACUUCCGAGUUUUUGUGAAGGAAGCAACAGAAUGGGUUCCCGAAAGAAGGCGAGCAGAGAUGGAAUCCUCUGGUGUUCAGCCCGAGACAAUCAGAACUCUCGAGUGUCUUUGCAUGAAUCCAGGAGUUAUCUUCUCGUCCCUAGCUCAAUCAGCACGAUCCAUCAUCCUAGCAUCAGGCACUCUCGCCCCAAUCGUUUCCUUCGCCAGCGAGCUUGGCACGACUUUCAAACAGAUUUUACAAAAUCAGCACGUCAUCUCCAGGGACAAUGUACACAUCAGAGUAGUUCCCCAAGGACCCCAGGGAGUCAGCCUGAAGGCCGUAUAUUCGAACACCAGCCAGUGGAACUUUCAGGAUGAACUUGGAAAAGUCAUUCUGGAAAUUUGUGAGUCCGUGCCAUUCGGAAUUCUAUGCUUCCUUCCCUCGUACUCACUCCUGAAUACAAUAUUCAAACGAAUGCAGGAGAAUGGAAGUCUAGAUCGGCUGAAGAGAGUCAAGGUUGUAUUUAGAGAGCCUAGAGGCAAUGUAGAACUCAAUGAGGUAAUGAAGAACUACAGACAUACUAUUAAAGAUCUCACAGAGAACCCCGACGGUGAGAAUAAUCAACGCACUGGAGCUCUCCUUUUUGCGGUUUUUAGAGGGAAAGUCGCGGAAGGGAUUGACUUCAGUGAUAAUGAGGCAAGAGCUGUUAUCACGGUCGGUAUUCCUUAUGCGGUUCGUAUGGACCCUGCAGUUGAUCUGAAGAUGCAGUACAACGAUCAGGGUAGAGAGAAGAAAUUGAUGAAGGGCGGAGACUGGUAUACGAUACAGGCGUACAGAGCUCUCAAUCAGGCAUUGGGAAGGUGCAUCAGACAUAUCAAUGACUGGGGGGCCAUUCUACUCGUAGACGAGCGAUUGAUGAGCCCUCAUUGCCAGGGGUACCUCCCUAAGUGGGUUAAGGCGAUCUGGGGAAUGGGUCCCAACCACGAUAUCCACACAAUGGGAUCCGAACUCAGAGCAUUCGUCAAAAAACGCACUGACGCCGACGAGAUCAGAAAAAGUGGAGGUGUAUAAGUGCCUUUAGCUUAGAGGAAAUUCCGCACUUUGUUGACUGACUGUUGAUUUUUAUAUUCACGAUCGUUUUCAGUAACGAAACUAUUAAUUAACAAACUAAGCUAGGAUUACAAAUCGAAAAUUCCAAGGAAAGAGAACACUAAACCCAUUUUAUCGUUUUCAUUGAAGAUCCGGUGGGAAAUAAGUAUUACAAAAAAAAUCGCUAAUUGUUCUGUUGUAACAUUAAAAUGGAACGAUUAAUUUACAAACAUUUUUACUGGCCGUGAGGAAAUUCUGAGGGAAUUAUUAGUGAGUUAAUGGUGGAUUUGAUUGAAUUUAAUUUUCUUAAUUUUUUAACAUUCAUAGAUUCAGAACAAAUUUCUAAAAAUGUCAUUGGAGAGAUGUUUUGCAUAAAAAAUAAGCGUCAUACUGUCUUACAUAUGUGUAAAUGUUUAUUUAUAAUGUUCACUGUGCGUUAACUGUGUCUCUCUUUUCGAUCAUACGUAGCUGUUUCUUUUUCAUUCGUUUUAUUUUUGCUGUAUUCUUGAUCUGUAAAGAAAAAAAAAUAUUAUUGAACGCUGAUAUUCAAUUGGUAUGGUAUAAGAUCAACAGUUCAUUGUGAUAACAUUUUUUAAUGUAAAGCAAAUUAAAAAAAUAAUGUUUAACACUUACAA